UCCAACGACUAACCGCCUGUCCUCACCAUUCCGGCUUACGCUGUCGCUCACGUAGAGCUCGGGGCUUCUCCUCUUCAGUGUCACAGCAAGCACGCACCACCUUAGCUUGUCCCCUGUUUCUUGAAGCAGAGCUUUGCUUGGCCAUGGGAGUAGCAGUUAGGCUGCUCCUCCUGCCGCCGUUGAUGGCCGUGGCAUUCUGCUGCUACGGCGUUAGCGGGAGGAGCCACUUCCACAAGAAGCCGCCUCGUGGCAGCGGCGGCCGGCGGAGCGGCGGCGGCGGCAAGGAGGGCUCUGUGGUGUCGUCGCCGGUGGUUCCGCCAGCGGAUGACGACACGCAGCCGGUCACGCCGCAGCCACCGACGGGCAUUGUGCCCUCCGACCCGGCCACUCCGGAUGAGCCGUGCGUGUUCGACGUCCGGGCGUACGGCGCGGUGGGGGACGGCACGACGGACGACACCCAGGCGUUCCGGGAGGCGUGGAAGGCGGCCUGCGCCUCCGACUUCGCCGUGCUGCUGGUGCCAUCCGACGGCACCUUCACCAUCACCACCACCACCUUCUCCGGGCCGUGCAAGCCCGGCCUCGUGUUCCAAGUGGACGGCGUGCUAAUGCCGCCGGACGGGCCGGACUGCUGGCCGGCGUCGGACAACCGGCGGCAGUGGGUCGUCUUCUCCAACCUCGACGGCAUGACCCUGCGUGGCUCCGGCACGAUCGAGGGCAACGGCGAGGACUGGUGGAACCUCCCCUGCAAACCUCACAGGGGCCCGAACGGCUCCACGCUGCGUGGCCCGUGCGACAGCCCCACGCUGGUGAGGUUCUUCAUGAGCCGGAACCUGGUGGUGGAGGGCCUGAGGGUAGAGAACAGCCCGGAGUUCCACUUCCGGUUCGACGGCUGCAGCGACGUGCGCGUCGACGGGCUCUACAUCAGCUCGCCGGCCAACAGCCCCAACACCGACGGCAUCCACGUCGAGAACACCGAGCGGGUCGCCAUCUACAACUCGAGGAUCAGCAACGGUGACGACUGCAUCUCAAUUGGCACCGGGAGCUACGACGUGGACAUACAGAAUGUUACUUGCGGACCUGGGCACGGCAUAAGUAGCAUCGGCAGCCUUGGCGUGCACAACUCGCAGGCGUGCGUGGCGAACGUGACGGUGCGGAACGCGGUGAUCCGGAACUCGGACAACGGCCUGCGGAUCAAGACGUGGCAGGGCGGGAUGGGCGCCGUGUCGGGCAUCACCUUCGACACGGUGGUGAUGGAGAACGUGCGCAACUGCAUCAUCGUGGACCAGUACUACUGCCUGGACAAGCGGUGCAUGAACCAGUCCACGGCCGUGCACGUCACCGACGUCUCCUACACCAACGUCCGGGGCUCCUACGACGUCCGCGCCGCGCCCAUCCACUUCGCCUGCAGCGACACCGUGCCCUGCACCAACAUCACCAUGUCCGAGGUCGAGCUCCUGCCAGCCAGCGGCGAGCUCGUCGACGACCCCUUCUGCUGGAGCGCCUACGGGACGCAGCAGACGCCCACCAUCCCGCCCAUUACCUGCCUGCAGGAGGGGCUGCCGGAUGCACUCCUCGACAACCCGGACCUCAAGUGCCGAUGACAAGCUGUGCAGCUGUACGUAGUGCUAGUAGAACUUACUCUGAUGAAUCGGUCGUAUAUAUCUAUUCUAGGUGACUUAAUUGGGUACAGUACCACAAACGUCAUCUGAGUUACGUGGAGUUGUACAUGUGUGCUUUCGCUCCCUCUCAAUAAACUUGCAUUGACCGUUUGUAAUGUGGAUUCGAAGGAUAAUAAUAAGUCCAGACAAUCACGGGUGUGUUCGCAAAU